AAAAAUACAAAUAAAUAUAAAUUCUCGUGAAGUUGGGAAAGAAAGUUUUAGGAGAGAGAGAAAAAAGUUUCGUGCUUCCGAGAAUCGAACCGAUGACCCAUCUUCUUAGCUUUAGAAGAGGGGGGAAGUCUACUCCGCAAUAAAUGGUCAUCAUCAUCAGGGCAAAGAGCAGUCCAGGUUUGUGUGAACUUGUGAAUAAGCAGACAUCAACACGCAUCUCUCUAUAACCCCAUCAUCAUCUUCUACAUCUUCAUCUUCAUCUUCAUCUUCUUCAUCCUCACCCCUUUCCUUUGAUUUGAUCACUUCUUUCUCAAUUUCGAUUUUCCUUUCCGUCUAAACAUCAAUUUCCUUUCCGAACACCUUUUUCUGUAAAUGUGCAGAGCGCACUUCCUCUUCUCAUCUCCCAUUUUCUGCAAUAAAGGAGAAACAAUCUGUUGAUUGAACCAGUCAUCUUCAUUUGAGCUUUGAUUCUUCCAUCUGAAACGUUUUUCUGUUUUGAACACCGAGAUUUUGGUUUCCCUAUAGAGAAUGGCAAUAACAUUCCCAUCUUUGCCUUGGUGGCCAUGGAGUGGGAAACAACAAGAACCCAAGGUUACUUUGACCCCAUUGCCCGAAUCCGGACUGUGGGAAUCGGAUAAAGUGAAGUUUCCUCUUGAUCGCCGGCAAUAUACUUCUAGAAGGGUGAAGAGAAAAUGGAGCAGCAGAGAGGAGAGGAAGAUCGAUAAAGAGUAUGACAUUGUUGUUGUUCCAUCUGAUGGUGGGUGUGUGUCGGGGUCCGAGUCUGACGAUUCUGAUUGGUCAAUUGGAUGGAUGGAACCUCACGGUUCGGGCUUCCUCAGCGAUGAUGAUUCAGAUGAUAGCUUUGCUGUCUUGGUUCCUUGCUAUGGGCAUGUUGGGAAUUUCGCAAAUAAUUUGCAAGAACAGUUUCUCAGCAACAUUCCCAACAUUUCAGAAAACAAGACAUAUAUGGAGCAGUGGCUUUCUUCGCUUCAGAAUAUGUGACAUCUCGCGGCCACGCGGGUGCCCGAAUGGUUUUAUCACUGUGGACCGGAUGAAAUAAUGUCACAAAAGCUUGGUUGUCAAUGCAAUAAAAAAAAGAGGGAUAUGAUGAAGAUGAAGAACACCAAGACAUAAGAAGUGGAGUGAAACUAUUGUAAGUACAAGUGAUGAAUUAAUUGUAUGGUAUGGUGUCAUGUCUCUCAAUAUAUAUAUAUAUAUAUAUAUAUAUCUAAGAUAUGGCAUUAGAGCAUGCUUACAACAUUCUUUUGGAGUAUAUAUUCUUAUUAUUAGUAGUAGUAAUAUAUGAUGGGAGGGAGGGAGGGAUGGGUAUCCCUUGGUUUUUAUUAUUGUGGAUUUGUGGAAUCUGUUGUAAGUAUAACUCUAAGUAGCAGUUUGUUUGCUGAUGAUGAUAUUCUAAUGUAAAUAACUUUAUGGAUAUAUUGUCUCAUUCCAUUGGCAUUAAAUAAAUAGUUAUUCU